AUGGUGAGGGUGACAGCAGUGAGGACGUGGAUCGAGCCAGUGGUUGCAGGUUCCCAAGUGGCCAGCGCCUUCUAUGAUACUGCUCUGCUGCUGGUGGUGAAGAACUACUACAACCACACCAACACCACCGCUCCCUCUCACGCACAGGAAGAUGCUCAGCAGAAGUCUGUCUCUAAUUUUUAUAUAAUCUACAACCUAGUCCUAGGCCUGAGCCCGCUGGUGUCAGCCUACAGCUUGUCCAAGCUGGGGGACAAGAUACAUCGGAAGAUCCCCAUCUGCUUCCCUCUUCUUGGCUACUUGGGCUCCAAAACCCUCCUGCUCCUCCGGAUCCUGCUGGGCUGGCCAAUCGAGGUGAUGUAUGGGGCUGCUGCCCUCAAUGGGCUGACGGGUGGUUUCACCACGCUCUGGGCAGGCAUCAUGGCUUUGGGAUCCCUGAGGUCCUCUGAGAGCAGGAGGUCUCUGCGGCUUAUCAUUAUUGAGCUGGUGUAUGGGCUUGCGGGCUUCCUGGGAAGCAUGGCGUCUGGCGGCCCCCUCUUCAUUGGCUUCAGCGACAGCUAUCGAGAGGGCACCGUGCUGGUGGGCUGCAGCAUCACCUGCUAUGCCUUCUGCCUCCUCUACAGCAUUUUUGUCCUGACAGUCCCCAAGCCAGCAGCCUCCUGCCCAGACGAAGCCAAGAGUGCAAAGAAGGUGGGCAGCCAGCUACCAGCCUGCACAGGAGCAGCAGCAGAGAGUUCCCAACCUUCGGAGAGCAGCAGCUCCACUCCAGUAUCCCCCUCCAAACUCAUCCUCAUCAUGCUGUUUGUGGCAGCAAUCCUCUAUGACUUUGCUGUGGUUGGUGCAAUACAAGUGCUCCCACUCUUUCUGCUCAGGGAGCCUUUGAGUUGGAAUGCUGUGGAGAUCGGCUAUGGCAAUGCUGCUGGGUAUGCGAUCUACAUCACCAGCUUCCUCGGGGUAUUUGUAUUCUCCAGAUACCUGAGGGACAUUACCAUGAUUGUGAUCGGAGUGGCAUCCUUCAGCGCUGGCAUCCUCAUCAUGGCCUUUGUGCGAUGGACGUUCCUGUUCUACAUCGCCCGGGCAGUGAUGCUCUUUGCCCUCAUCCCCUUACCAACCAUCAGAUCCAUGUUAUCCAAGCAUGUUGAAGGAUCAUCCUACGGUAAGGCAUUUGUCCUGCUGCAGCUGUCCUUAGUCACCACAGGAGUAGUGACAUCUACAGUCUACAACAAGAUCUAUCAAAACACACUGCAUUGGUACAGCGGCUUCUGUUUUGUGUUGUCUUUUUUAGUAGGCUGCCUGAGUCUCCUCCCUUUAAGCAUUGUGGCCAUCAAACAACGUUCGACCACUGACUCCUUUCAGAUUCUGACUGAGUGA